CAAUCCAAUCACAAUCUUAUCUGUCUUCUUUAAACACACACACGAAAGAUUAUUUCAAAUUCCCAUUCAAGGCGUCCUUUCUUCAAUAAUUUCCACAAAUAAUGCUGCUGCUUCAGUUUGGCAUAAACCCAUAACAUCAUCAACAAGAGCUUCUGGGCUGCUCUCUAAUGGCUCUGCAAACAGCCUCUUUGCUUCGUCUUGCCCUCCCCCUCCACAAAGAAGGGAAGUCCAGUGCUUCUUUUAAGGAAUUGGAUUUCUUAGGAAUUCCAGUCCCAGAUCACCUCAAAGCUGAAUGCAAGUCUUCUCUGGGUGUGAGGAUAAGGGACCUACCCCUUGGAACCUUUAGAGCCCAGACAACAACAAGAAGUCCAACAAAGGCUGCACCAGAAGGAAAGAAGACUUUAAGAAAAGGCAAUGUAAUAAUAACUGGUGCAUCCUCUGGUUUGGGCCUUGCCACAGCGAAAGCUCUUGCUGAAAAAGGACAAUGGCAUGUAAUUAUGGCAUGUAGAAAUUUCCUCAAGGCUGAAAGGGCAGCUAAAUCAGCUGGCAUUCCCAAGGAGAAUUACACUAUUAUGCAUCUUGAUCUUGCCUCCCUUGAAAGUGUGCGGCAAUUUGUGAAUAACUUCCGUCAAUCAGGAAGGCAACUAGAUGUGUUGGUUUGCAAUGCUGCUGUCUAUUUACCCACUGCUAAGGAACCAUCUUUCACUGCCGAAGGGUUUGAACUUAGUGUAGGAACAAACCAUCUUGGCCACUUCCUCCUCUCACGACUGCUCCUUGAUGACAUCAAGCAAUCGGAUUAUCCGGCCAAGCGUCUCAUCAUUGUUGGCUCCAUAACAGGAAACACAAACACCUUGGCUGGGAAUGUGCCCCCAAAGGCUAAUCUUGGGGACUUGAGAGGCCUCACGGGAGGGUUGAAUGGGAUAAACAGCUCUGCAAUGAUAGAUGGGGGAGAAUUUGAUGGUGCCAAGGCCUAUAAAGACAGCAAAGUAUGCAACAUGCUCACCAUGCAAGAGUUCCAUAGGCGUUUUCAUGAGGAAACGGGAAUUUCCUUUGCUUCUCUCUACCCCGGUUGCAUUGCUACAACAGGCUUGUUUAGGGAGCACAUACCCUUGUUCAGGCUUCUAUUCCCUCCAUUCCAAAAGUAUAUUACCAGAGGCUAUGUUUCUGAAGAGGAAGCUGGGGAAAGACUAGCACAGGUUGUAAGUGAUCCAAGCCUGACAAAAUCAGGAGUGUAUUGGAGCUGGAACAAGAACUCAGCCUCGUUUGAAAACCAGCUAUCAAAAGAAGCCAGUGACCCACAGAAAGCACAGAAAUUAUGGGACAUCAGUGAGAAGCUAGUUGGAUUGGCUUAAAUGAGCCCCAGAAAUGAUAAAACUUCCUUCCACAGUGUGCCUCUGUCUAGGGAAAAUAUACUACAAAUCAUCUAAUUGAACAAGAAAAGUAGAAAUUUUAUUGGGUUGCAUAAGACUGAUAAGGAUAUACCCCAUUGGUUUAGACAUAAGCUAACAGUAGAGAGCAAGUCACAAGGAUGCAAAAACCCUCCCAGCUCAAAUGGCUUUACAUACAAAAUUACAUUUCCGUUGAUUUGCUUAUAUAUCGCAAUAUUUAGGUCGA